AGUACUGCGUUGGACUCCGCUGUGGAGUAGCGAUGUCGCGCUACGUGGUCUUGACUGUGCUCGCGCUACUCUCCCUGCCGGGCCUGGACUGUGAGCCGCGUUCUCCGAAGAUCCAAGUUUACUCACGUCACCCAGCAGAAAAUGGGAAGCCAAAUUUCCUCAACUGCUAUGUGUCUGGAUUUCAUCCACCCCAGAUUCAGAUUGAUUUGUUGAAGAAUGGAGUGAAAAUAGAAAAAGUGGAGCAGUCAGAUCUGUCUUUCAGCAAGGACUGGUCUUUCUAUCUUCUGGUCCACACUGAUUUCACCCCCAUUGAAAAAGAUGAGUACGCCUGCCGUGUGAAACAUGAAACUCUUUUGGAUCCCAAGACAGUUAAAUGGGAUCGAGACAACUAACCAGCAUCAGGGAGGUUUGAAAAUGUCUCAUUUGGUCUGGACUAAUUCCAGAUAUAUAUUUUGAAUAAUGAUAUAUUUCUAUGCCUUAGGGAUAAAAUAAAGGAAGUAAUAAUGAUGUUAA